GUUAAAAAGAUUGUUAUGAAAGACGAUUCAUUUUGGCGCAGUACAAAUUAUGUUUUGAAGACAACAUGAUCAUUAGUAAAGGUGCUUAGAAUGGUUGAUGGUGAGAGGGCCCCGGCUAUGAGAUUUAUUUAUGAAGUAAUGAAUAGGGCUAAAGAAGACAUUGCAAAAGAAUUGGGAGGUCAAGAAAGUGCCUACAAAGAAAUAUGGGAUAUUAUAGAUAAAAAGUGGGAUCGACAAUUACACCAACACUUACAUGCUGCUGCGUACUAUUUAAAUCCUCAAUUUCAUUAUGAUAAGAAUUUUCAUGUUGACAAAGAGGUGAAAACUAGUUUAUAUGCAUGUAUGGACAAACUCAUUUCUGAAGAAGACUACCUUAAAGUAAAUGAUCAACUUGAGGAUUUUCAUUUGAAGAAGGGAAUGUUUGGAUUUAGAGCAGCACAAACAUGCUACAAAACACGAUCUCCUGAACGUUGGUGGGCUCAGUUUGAAGAUGAUGUUCCUGAAUUGAAAGCUUUUGCAGUUAAAGUUCUUAGUCUAACGUGUUCGACUUCUGCAUGCGAGCGGAAUUGGAGCAUCUUCAAUCAAAUUCAUACAAAGAGGAGAAAUCGAUUGGCGGCAGAUCGAAUGAACAAACUAGUUUAUAUUAUGUUUAACAAAAAAUCAAAAGAUAGAUAUCUCAAAUUGCAGAAUCAAUGAAAUAUUGAGAAUGAAAUUGACCAUUUGCUUGUUGAUGAGUUACAAUCUGAUGAUG